AACACAACACGGAAAUCAUUCAAGACGCUAUUAGAACAACUCUUUGCACUCUCAGCAACUGGAAUGCCAAGGGUUCUUUGACCCUGGACAUCAGCGUUCAUUCUCCCAGUGAUUCGAAACAUUGGCUGAGAAAUGCGCAAUUCGGAUCGGAUAUUGUGCCGAGCUUCGAAAGCGAGCAAAGUCUUUCCAGCAUUCAGGAUCUGCGGCAUAGUCGCCCGCCAUUUCAUCUAUCAGCAGACUAUUUGCGGAUAUCGAUUUUGCACAAGACUUCUGGCAAGGAUUACCAGCUACACUAUGAACCUUAAAGAGAAUGAGGGCAACCAGAUCAACGCAUUUCUGACCAGAGUAAGUUGCAAAGACACUACCCUUAGUUUAGUCCUUAAAUCGCUAAUAACCUAUAAAAUCUAAGAGGUUCAAAAUUACUAUUUGAUUCACUUGUAAUGAACAGCUUAAAGAAGCUAGUUAUAUUUGAAGAUUUCAACGAUACGUACAUUGCUAUUUGGCAGGGAGUGCAUGAGCUUUUUCGCGCAGAACCUGUUCGAAUAGCAAACUCUGCGGUCACUAGAGCCCUCGCAGAAGCUAGUCUUACUCUUGAAUAUCUAUCAGCGGCGUUUAUCGUGGACGCUGGGCCGUUCUUGGACGCAUGCCAAUCAAAUUCAAACUGGACGUGGAAAGAGCUCGUGUCGCUCACCAUUACCUCUCGUCAGCUGGUGCCCGAUGGCGAUCCGACAAACAUUAAUGAUAUGCUUGAAUAAGCAGCGGAGACUGCCAAGAAGAUGCCGAGGCUGAAGAGCAUGGAACUAUGGAAUGGCGGGAGAUCAUUUGCUUGUGUCUUCAGAUACCAGGCGCCUAAUAUCUGCAGACCUGCUAGAAUCAUCUGGAGAAGCAACUGGGACCUACUCCUGGAGCCCAGGGUGACUCGAUCCUGGAAUACUGUGGCGCAACAGCACAAUCUGUAUGAACUUCAAGUUACUAAAGAGUUGUUGGGGGCCGAUACUGUGAUCAAGUCUCACGGCGAUGCCGUCCGUGUUCUGGAUUUUUUGCAUUACGUAGCUUGUCCCGUCUCUUUGUGGCAGAUCCAAGUAGAG